CACACGUGUUUUUCUUUUCGAGCGUUUUGGUUGCCGCGUGUUAACGGACCAACUCACUUUUCGUUAAAAGUUGUAUUAAAAAGUACAAGUACAGCAGCUUAAUAUGGGCAAACCAGGAUUCAGUCCACGCGGUGGUGGCGGCGGCGGCGGAGGAGGAGGUGGCUUCCGUGGACGUGGCGGCGGCGGCGGAGGAGGUGGUGGUGGUGGUGGCGGCUUUGGAGGCGGCCGUGGUCGCGGCGGCGGAGGAGGAGGUGGCGGUCGCGGUGGAUUUGGAGGCGGCCGUGGAGGCGGUGGAGGAGGUCGUGGUGGCGGCGGUGGCCGUGGUGCCUUUGGCGGACGCGGCGGUGGCGGUGGACGCGGCGGCGGAGGACGCGGAGGUGGUCGGGGUGGCGGCGGACGCGGUGGUGGUGCCGGUGGCUUCAAGGGCGGCAAAACCGUUGUGAUUGAGCCCCAUCGUCACGAGGGAAUAUUCAUUGCCCGCGGAAAGGAGGACGCUCUGGUUACCAGGAACUUUGUACCCGGAUCGGAAGUCUACGGCGAGAAGCGCAUCUCCGUUGAGACCAAUGGCGAGAAGAUCGAGUACCGCGUGUGGAAUCCCUUCCGUUCCAAGCUGGCUGCUGCCGUUCUGGGCGGAGUUGAGCAGAUUCACAUGCCCCCGGGCUCCAAGGUCCUCUAUUUGGGCGCCGCUUCCGGAACGACAGUUUCCCAUGUGUCGGAUGUGGUGGGACCCGAGGGUCUCGUCUACGCCGUGGAGUUCUCACACCGAUCAGGUCGCGAUCUGAUCAAUGUGGCCAAGAAGCGUACCAACAUCAUACCCAUCAUCGAGGACGCUCGCCAUCCACACAAGUACCGCAUGCUGGUCGGCAUGGUGGACACCAUUUUCGCAGACGUUGCCCAGCCAGAUCAGGGUCGUAUUGUUGCUCUGAAUGCCCAGCACUUCCUGAAGAACGGCGGUCACUUUGUCAUCUCGAUCAAGGCCUCCUGCAUUGACUCCACGGCGCAACCCGAAGCGGUAUUCGCUGCCGAGGUGAAGAAGAUGCAGGCCGACAAGCUGAAGCCGCAGGAGCAGCUCACGCUGGAGCCUUACGAGCGAGACCACGCCGUUGUCGUCGGCGUUUACCGACCACCACCCAAGCAAUAAGCUAUUGUUUUCUGCUUGGUUUAGUUAUAAGGCUAUUGUACUAAUACAGACGUGUUGUAUUAAGUUCUUUUUAAAUAUAAAACCAUAGUUGUAAAGAUAAAUCAAAAUGCAAACUAUUUUUGUAGCAGACGUACAAAAUAUACACAGAAACCAAAAGCAAA